CUUGAUCCGCUCACGUAUAUCGUUACACAAUGUAGCGAUAUACGUGAGUGGAUCAAAGAAUUUAAUUCUAAUUAGAUUGUUUUUAUAUGUGAAGAACUGGUUUAUUUGCAACAAACCAGAAUGCUAUAACUUUCCGACAAUGUCACACUAAUAGGGUCCAUUCGCACAACGGAGCUGACAGUGAACACGGAAGAGAUACACCUCAAUACGCAGGGUUUAAAUAUCAACUGGCUGUACACAUGUCUAACCUUCCAUUCGAUCGAACAGUCCGAACACACGGAGUAUGACUAUAAAAGUGUCCCUCGGAUGAUGCGGUGACUCGGAGUAAUGCUUCUAUGUUCUAUCACAGUCCUACUGUUGGUCAUCGUGGCUUAUCGAGAUGUCCGUUCCUCGCUUUGUGAUUCUACAAACUGUUCUGCAGCGAAACUGAAAAACUUUAGCUGUGAGGAAGGAUAUGAGAAAGAAGUUGAACUAUUUAAGAAUCGGCAUGGCGGUCGUGAACAAUAUGACUACCCAGAAGACAGCUUCCCCUCAAAGCCGUAUGUGCGCGUGUCAUACAUCCGCCUAAACGAAUAUUGGAACUCUUCUAAGAUACUCGAAUAUAACAAGGAGUAUAACACAAACGUUACACAUGGAUUGGAGAUAGGUUUUACUGAGGACGGAAAUAGAGGUAACACAUCCCUUUUCAUGAAAUUCAGCAGUACAAACAAAUUUAACAAUGCCAAGGAUCAUUUCUAUGAAGCACAUCCGGAGAAACGUGUUUUAUAUUUUUCAAGUUCCAAGACAGUCAUUACUCAUCUCUGUCUCCAAGGCUUACAGACAAGACCUGUCUCAUACACAGUCCUCCUGACCGUGUUCCCGGAAUGGGAAUCUGCAAUUGGUCUUUGGCGCCCUUCAUCGACCAAUCAUUACAUGUCCUUUUCAAAGGACAACUUAGCAGUGGCUGUCUCAAACUAUCCAUUGAAAACCGAUAUCCGUGUUGUUUACGACACUCCGUCUGAUCAAGACAUGUGCACCUGUGUUAGAAUGCUUCAUAUAUGCAAGGACUCUGGAGGCUGUGUGAAAAAUUCUACUGAACAGUGCCAAGACGUAAAUAACUUCAAAAACAACUAUGUAUCAGCGAGUUAUGUGUGGUCCAGCCGCAGCCCCGGUAGAUACUAUGUCAAGAUUGAAUUCCAUUGUGUUAGCAUGAGGAACGGAGAGGAAAGAGAAAGGGAUUUUUAUCUUAAAUCCUCAGUCAUAGAAAUCCCCAGAUCGUUCAGAAAAGCGAGCGUCAAACAUGCAAUUGAUGGGAAGGUAUUGGUGAACACGGACCGAGAACAUAAAGAGACAACAACGACCCCGUUUGUAGUCAUUGGUAGCCUCAUCGCCAUCGUGCUACUGAUUGUCAUGUAUAUUGCAGUCGGGAAAAAGGUGCCAUCAGUUUUCUGUUUCCUAAACCGAAAGAAACAACGCCAAUCAGAUUCUGAAUGCAUACAGUCAUUCCCAAUGGUUAGCGAAAGACCACUUCCUGGAGUGUCAUUUGAACCAACUAUCCCUCGCAUUGAUGAAGAAGCCGUGUCACUGGCUUCUUUCGGGUCUGGUAACACGUAUCAGGACAAUCGGGACCCCUCGCGCUUUACGUCAUACGUAGGAACGGAGGAAAGGGUGAGGUGUUCCGAUUGGUAUCAGGAGCGAUGGUAUGCCGAUCCCGAUCAAAUUCAGGAAACGAUAGAGGACGAUGACACAAGUUUACGGAUGCAAAUGAUGAUAAUAAAUAUGAAUGGUUGCCCUGUCCAUGGACAAUAAGUUAUGUGGAGUCGAAGUUGUGUGAUUAAUUCAAUCCAUGAUAUAUUGAUUUUAUGCUGGUGUAUCUUUGAGAGAGAGAGAUGAACAUUGAAAUUGUCAUUUACAGUUACUGUAAAUAUCUUGUGUAUACGAGAGAGAGAGGGGGGGGGGCAUUGAAAUUGUAAUUUACAGUUACUGUAAAUAUCUUGUGUAUAUAUGAAUGGAGAAAUUUAAUAUAUGAUACUACAUGUAUAUAUUUACUUGAUAAUGCUAAAUUUGUAUAAUUUUUGUUUUCAUUCUAUUCAAUCAAAUUGUCUCAUGGGUAUAUGAAUAGAGAAAUUUCUUAAAUAAUUACACAUUACUUGUUUAUGCUAUUUUUGCGUUAUUUUCCAUCAAACUGUAAUUAGAUAUUGUUAUACAUAUCUACAUGUAAUUCAUUCAAAACAAUCUAGAGUACAUGUACAACAAAAUAUUGCCAUAUUCAAGGAUUUGAUAAUCAGCGCUCGAGAAAAUUAUCUUAGAUGUUCUUAAAAUGAUGAUUUGGGUUUCAAAGAUGAUGGCCUACUUUCUUUCUUGUUCGUUUACUUUCACUUUAGCAGCGCCAUACUACUUUUUUUUUUAUUAAACCAUCAUAGUCCAGCUGUAUAACAAUAUUCUCACUAGAAUAUCGAUAUGCAUUUUAUCCUUGUCAUCUGUAAAGAAUUGUUAAUGCCAAAAUUUGAACUUUGCUUUUAUGUAUCUUCCAUUGUGAAAUAAAAUUAAUAAGCUUGGGAUAUCAUUUAAGUUUGAGCUGCUGGUAGAAAUGAAAGAUUUGUCUAUGAACAAACUGGUUCCCAAAAAUGGGGUUCCCUUUAAAUGUACAGUACUAAUCGCACUAUACUACUUACGAACAUCCUUUUCUUCUAUUAAAGAAGGAACUAAAGAAAGCUCACCCAAGAAGAUAUUCUUCUUUUCAAUUCAACACACCACAUAUGUUUUAAAGUAUCGGCAUUACAGUUGAGUUGUAAUACAUGUCGUUAUAGAUCUUCAUAAACAUUCGAGUCUAUAUCACCUAUUUUCGUUCAAAAGUCUACGCUUUUUGCAUUGCAUGACAGCGCUGGGCUCCUUCAAUGGACUUAUCAACUGUGCAAUUCUCAACAUUUCAUUUUUUCGUCAUGCUAUUGGGUACUGACAAUAAUAAAUGUUUGUUUACCGUUUUUCUGCUUGCACUUGUUAUCGCAUGUUCUAUAUCUUUCAGUUUUGUUUUGUUUCAUACAGAAAAUUAUGUUUGCAUAUAAGUUACAUUUUAUGAAAACAUCUGCGGCUUUAAAUACAACGGAAUUCACCUGUGUACUAUUGGUAGGUAUUUCCCUAACAUGACGCCGCGCUGCAAUUCGAUAAGUUAGUUAUAGAUUUGCUAGCAAAUCAAUACAGUGUGUAAUUUCUGUCUUGAUUUUGGGUUUUUUCUUACUUUUAUUGGAUGCAGAUAUACAUGUACAAUGUACAUUUGAAUUUGUCGAUAACAAGCAAGUUCUUGUAAAUGCAACUAUUGUACAUCAAAUGUUCUGCAUCAUAUAACGAUGAUUUUUCCCAUACUUGUAAUGUUGUCCUUGUUAUAUGCUUGUUGAGAGAGGGUAUACACUGCAAUUAGUUAUAUAGCUUAUGCCAGACCUCAUCCAUUCUUUCAAAAUUCAAUAAAAUGUGUUCAAUCUAAA